CACCUUAACAUUGGGGACCCGGGCCAGACGGUCUGUGUUGAUGUCUGAGUUCGAUGACAAAUUGAGCUCUCAAAAUAAGUUAUUUUGUUAGCUAGAUUUUAACGGUAACGUAUUGUAGUUCACAAAUAGUUUUAUGUAAUUGUAUGCGAUAUGGUAUGCAAUUGCUCAAUUGCCUUUUGAGGACAGGGUUACGUUAAAAUUAUAACUGAACACCUAGAGUAACCCGAGCACCUCUGUAGUGUGCUAACAGGCUUGCUAGCUUUGCGGAAACCGAACGAAUCUAACGUAGUGAAACCAUGGGGAACCGGGGGAUGGAGGAAUUGAUCCCCCUGAUCAAUCAACUUCAGGAUGCUUUCAGUUCAAUUGGACAGAGCUGUAACUUGGACUUGCCCCAGAUAGCCGUGGUCGGUGGACAAAGCGCUGGAAAAAGCUCUGUUUUGGAAAACUUCGUUGGAAGGGACUUUCUUCCUCGUGGAUCCGGCAUCGUCACUCGCAGGCCCCUUGUUUUGCAGCUGGUCAACAAUAAAGCAGAGUAUGCCGAGUUCUUGCACUGUAAGGGUAGAAAGUUUGUGGACUUUGAGGAGGUGCGGUCGGAGAUUGAGGCGGAGACGGACCGCAUCACAGGCUCCAACAAGGGCAUCUCUCCCAUCCCCAUCAACCUCAAAGUCUUCUCUCCUAAUGUUUUGAAUCUGACCCUAAUUGACCUCCCGGGGAUGACGAAGGUUGCAGUGGGAGACCAGCCUGUGGACAUUGAAUUCCAGAUCAGGGAAAUGCUGAUGCAGUUCAUCACCAAGGAGAGCUGCCUCAUCCUGGCCGUCACGCCCGCCAACCAGGACCUGGCCAACUCGGACGCACUCAAGAUAGCCAAGGAGGUGGACCCACAGGGGCUGCGCACUAUUGGCGUCAUUACCAAACUGGAUCUGAUGGACGAAGGGACAGACGCCAGAGAUAUCCUGGAAAACAAACUGCUGCCUCUGCGCAGGGGCUACAUUGGGGUGGUGAACCGCAGUCAGAAGGACAUUGAUGGUAGAAAGGACAUCAAAGUUGCGCUGGCGGCUGAGAGGAAGUUCUUCCUGUCGCACCCGAGCUAUAGACACAUGGCUGAGCGCAUGGGCACCCCACACCUGCAGAAGACCCUCAACCAGCAAUUGACCAACCACAUCCGUGACACGCUGCCUGGCCUACGUAGCAAGCUGCAGUCUCAGCUCCUCUCCCUAGAGAAGGAGGUGGAGGAGUUCAAGAACUUCAGGCCGGACGACCCCACCCGCAAGACUAAGGCUCUCCUCCAGAUGGUGCAGCAGUUCGGAGUGGACUUUGAGAAGCGUAUUGAGGGCUCCGGGGACCAGGUGGACACUAAGGAGCUAUCGGGGGGAGCCAAGAUCAACCGCAUCUUUCACGAGCGCUUCCCCUUUGAGCUGGUCAAGAUUGUGUUUGACGAGAAGGAACUGAGGAAGGAGAUCAGCCACGCCAUCAAGAACGUCCACGGCGUCAGAACGGGCCUGUUCACUCCAGACCUGGCGUUCGAAGCCAUCGUGAAAAAGCAGAUCGUUAAGGUGAAAGAGCCCUGUAUCAAAUGUAUCGAUCUGGUCAUUCAGGAGCUCAUCAACACAGUCAGGGAUUGCACCGGCAAGCUCGGCUCUUACCCCAGACUACGAGAGGAGACUGAGAGGAUUGUUACCACCCACGUCAGGGACCGAGAGAGCAAGACCAAGGACCAGGUUCUUCUGCUUAUUGACAUCGAGCUGUCAUACAUCAACACCAACCACGAGGACUUCAUAGGCUUUGCUAACGCACAGCAGAGGAACACCCAUGCAAACAAGAAGAGGGCCAUUCCUAACCAGCAAGGUGGCUUCGGUGAGGCCGAAACGGAAAAGGUGAUCCGGAAAGGCUGGCUCACCAUCAACAUCAGCAUCAUGAAAGGAGGCUCCAAGGAAUACUGGUUUGUCCUGACCGCAGAGUCGCUCUCCUGGUACAAAGACGAGGAGGAGAAGGAGAAGAAGUACAUGCUGCCUCUGGACAACCUGAAAAUACGGGACGUGGAGAAAGGCUUCAUGUCCACUAAGCACAUUUUUGCUAUCUUCAAUACUGAGCAAAGGAACGUGUACAAGGACCUGCGCCAGGUCGAGCUGGCCUGCGACUCCCAGGAGGACGUGGACAGCUGGAAGGCCUCGUUCCUCAGGGCAGGCGUCUACCCAGAAAAGGAUCAGGUGGACCAGGAGGAUUCUGGCCCGACCGAGUCCUUCUCCAUGGACCCGCAGCUGGAGCGGCAGGUGGAGACGAUCAGGAACCUGGUGGACUCCUACAUCGGCAUCGUCAACAAGACCGUCCGCGACCUCAUCCCCAAAGCCAUCAUGUACCUCAUGAUCAACAGUACUAAGGAGUUCAUCCACUGCGAGCUGCUCUCCUACCUGUACAGUUCGGGCGACCAGAACAGCCUGAUGGAGGAGUCAGCAGACCAGGCCCAGCGGCGUGACGACAUGUUGCGCAUGUACCACUCCCUCAAGGAGGCGCUCAAGAUCAUCGGCGACAUCAGCACCACCACCAUCACCGUGCCCCUUCCCCCGCCCGUCGACAGUGGCUGGAUAAGCCCCAGCCCCACACCUCCACCCACCAGUCGACCGGCCGUGGCUGCCCACCACCCCAACAGGCCCCCAGCGGUGCGUGGUCCGACCCCGGGGCCCCCUACCCUGAUGCCCACCCCGGCUCCCCCCAUCCCCUCUCGCCCCGGCCCGCCCAUCAACGCCUUCAGCAACAACAGCGCCCAGGACCCAUUCAGCGCCCCUCCUCAGAUACCCUCACGGCCCGCUCGCGUGCCCCCUGGGGUGCCCAGCCGAAGACCCCCGGGCGCCCCCCAUCGGCCCACCAUAAUCCGCCCGGCCGAGCCCUCCCUGCUCGACUAGGCCCAGGCCUGGAGCCGGAGCAGGGGGGCCAGCCUGGGCCCUGCAGCCCCAGCCGGAGAGCGGGCCGUGAGCUCCCAAAAAAUAUGCGUGCUUGUGUUUUUUUUUUUUUUUUUAUCUUGCUUGAUACAUCCAGCUUGACGAGUAGACCUAAUGUUGUAGCCCACCCCUGUUCUCCCAGUAUAGGAAAGCUGCUAAUCCAUCCUACUCAUUCAAAUCUAGGGGAAAGAGAGAAAGAUACAGAGAGAGAGAGGGAGAGAGAGAGGGAGAAGAUCAGUCAGUGAUCAAUAAAUGAAAGAGGAAAAACACAGGGUCUGCAUGUUAACGGAGAACAGGUUGUUUGGGUUACUCUGAGUAACAAGCUGAUGUGUUUGCGAUGCUCAUGAAUGCUGUGGACUUCAUUCUGAAUUGAGACGCUUUCUCUUUUUUGUUUUUGGCAAAUGUGUUUAAUGCUAUGUAUGCGUGUGCGUGUUCAGGGAGUGUGCCACAAGGGGGCACUCUCUCUGAACCUCCUGAAAGAGUUGAAAGACCUUGGCAUCAUUUUGAAGUGAGGUGUUUUAUUUUUAUUUUAUUUUUUUAUUUUAAAUAGGGAACUCGGCAGGCGCUUCUUCACUCUAAUGCAGGCUACCCCCUCACUCUCCCUGUAAAAUAACCGCCCCCGAGCCCAACCUUUAAACCUCAUCUGUGUGUAUUGUACAAACUCAUCCUGUGGUUCCUUUCUAUAGGUUUUCUAUAAUCUGAAAUAGGCUGCCAUUGCUGUUUAUUGUCGCUGAUGUAUUAGGGGUGGCUUUUAGAGUGCUCUUUGAGUGCAGGGAGACGUAAUAACUUAGUCUAGUUUUGACCAACGACCAACCUUUAAGCUCUUCAGAGACUGGCCUCCAUGCUGCAUUCAUUAAACUUUGGGCAACACUUCAUAAUAACAAGAUUACGUUUCUUUAGUGAAUUACACAUUCAUGAGUUUAUAUGGUGUCAUUAUCUAAUGAUGAACAUGUGGGAAAUAUGUACAUGAUUAGUUAACAUUCUAAAAUAAAAUUAUUCUUAUUACUCUUGUUAUAAAUAGUAUGGUUUAUAAUGUAAUGGCAUUAUGUUCAAAAAAUAUUUCAUUAUUUUAAGCAUUAAACUUGAUGGGUUUUGAAGCACUGAAGCUGAAUUAUUUGAUAAUUAAAGAUCUGUGAACAAAUUACAAUGUUACUUAAGUACCAUCAAACACAGUUUUGAAUAUUUGCUCAGCAUUUCAGCAUUACUGCAAGUUCAGCAUUACUGCAGGUGUCACCUAAAGUCCUGUUUGGUGAAUAUUUUGCUGGGUGUUAUACUAUCUGAAAUAGUUUGGCAUAUUUUUUGUUGGAUGCAUUGAAAACUGAAUGGCCCAUAUAAUUCCGUAGAGAGCACUUAAUCCAUUUAGGAGUUGGUCCAUACCUGAUUGGAGACUUAAUGUGUGUGGUUGGGUGGAUGCCUGUGAUCCGGACCAUGUAAGGCAUGCAUGGAGAAAUAGUAAUAAGAUUUUGGGGUCUCUAACUUUUGGUCUUUUCAAUUGAUCCCCACGUUUGUUUUUCGGAUUCUCGCAAUUGUAUAGUAGGCGACUUAUCUCCAAGAGUCGUCAUUUUCCUAAAUGAACUUCAGUCCACGUACAGUAGGCCGUGCAAAAGAUGAGUCAUUGAGGAAGUCGUUCUGUAGCCACCCUUAUGUUUUAAUAUUCUAGGUGUGAUUACUAAUAGAGACACUAACACAACUGUUAAUGGGUGACUAGGGAACUGGGGAAACCACAGACUGCAAUGUGGAAAGGUAUUAUUUAUCUCUUGGGCAUUUGUGAUUAAUGUUUUAGAUGUGGUGAAUUGAGCUGAGUUUUUUUUUUCCCUUCCAUCCUUGUUGAGGGAAGAAGACAAUGGUUUUUCUUAGAAUAACUCCCCAGGAUCUCCAGAACUGUUUGAUGCACAAACCAACAGUUUGUUUUGCAGAAUUCUUGGGUGAUGUGGAGAAACCUGGGGAGAGAGAGCCUGAACAGCACUGAUGACCUGUUUCCGUUUUGGUCUUCUUUUAUGAAUAUAUUGUUGUUGCAUUAUAUUUUGGCGGGUGAUUUCUAUUCGAUGCCUUCAGGGAGUGCAGGGUGUUACCCCAACCACCCCCACACCCAAUGCCCCAACAUGAGAAUAGGUUAUGAGUGCCGUUGUCAAGGAGAGGGAGGUUGGGUCUGUGACUCAUCUCUUUUCUUGUUUCAUUUUGUUGAUCCUCAUUGAAUGACCUGCCUAUAAAUAUGAUCCCCCACGUUCAUCUCCGUGGCCUCAUAACUGAAAGAGGACACCCACGCAUGACUCACCUGAGUCUGUGGGAAACGAGGGAGGUGAGGAGCUUAACAUGCAAAUGACUGGAGCUCCCCGAGCCGCCAACACACCAGGCAGAAGGUGUUCCCUUCACCUCCCUUCGUCCUCCGUAGCAGCCUGUCCCAUGGCAACGUCCCCUGGGCCUGGCCUGGCCUGACUGUGGGGACAGGCGACUUCAGCGAAUGGCUAACCGCUAAACAACGUGGCAUAGCACAAUCGGGCCUGCUACACACGUGUUGUCGCCCACGUUGACGCCUGAUCUUUCACGACACUCGUUUUGGAGUGGAGUCUUUAGCCUUAUUUGACCGCAGAAAAAAAUAAAUCUGUUUCGGCGUCUCCGUGUUCCAUGGCGCCGUUGCCAGGCGGCCACACACCCACCCACCCGCCGUCUCCGACGCAACACCCUCCUGCACUCGGUGCAUUCGGCUGUGGUUGUGACUCAGCCAGCCGCUGUCUGUGUCCACCUCUGCUCUGCUUCCCGUCUCUCUGCUUCCGAACCUCCCUCCUCCUCUCGUCCUCCAUGCGCUGUUAGGUGUGGAGGAUGGAGGGGGAGGAUGGAGGGUUGAGGCAGAGGAUGGGAGACGAGAGAAAUGGAGAACCCAAUAGGUUGUUCUUCAAUUUUGUAUUCUAUUGACACUACAAAUCCUUGUUUAAGUGCCUCUGUAGCGAUUAAUGGACUUCCAAAUAAACGGUCUCAGAACUGAAGCUCA